UCAGUACUUUUUUAGGGAUGAGGUGUCUUCCACUGCUGCUGCAACUCCUGCUGUGCUUUGCAUCCAGUAUUGAGGGGAAAAUCUUCGAACGCUGUGAACUGGCCAAGUUGUUGAAGAAUUACGGCUUGGAUGGAUACCGUGGGUACUCCUUGGCAGACUGGGUCUGCAUGGCUUUUUACGAGAGCGGUUUUGACACCAAGAUUGUGAGACCAGAAGCCAAUGGCAGCACCAGCAACGGCAUCUUCCAGAUCAACAGUUACCUCUGGUGUGAAGAUUACAAGCGCUUUAAGCCAAACAUAUGCCAAAUGCACUGCAGCGAUCUGCUGACCAGUUACAUUAGGGACGACGUUGCCUGUGCCAUGCGGAUUGUACAAGGACCCAAAGGACUCGGGGCUUGGAAAAAGUGGAAGAAAAAUUGUGAAGGCGAAGAUGUGGAUAUCUGGUUGAAAGGAUGUGAGCUGUGAAAAGACAAAGAGAACCCAAACUCCAAAAAUAAGGGCAGAGAAGGCUGUUGGAAUGUUUGGCACCAAUAACACAACAAACACCCAUAGACUGUUGCUAUUCCUGGCACUAAACAGCACUAGCUGAAUGAACUCUUUUGUAACUCUGGCCUUUGGUGCUAGGAGAGAAAUUGUAACUUGGACUUGAGACACCCCUUUUUUGGUAUAAAAAUAUGUGUUCAAACAUU